CACCAAUCCCUCCCCUUUGGGUUACCUUGGCCAUACUUUCUAGUCUAACGGUCAAAUUUCUCCUCUUUUUUUCCCCCCUUUUCCGAGAGCUUCUCUUUCCCUCGUUGGGUGUAUCCCGUAAAUGAUUACGGCCACGCAAGUUCCAUUGUCGCGCUCAAGUUCAGCCAAGAUGACGUCGACACGGAACCCUCUCCAGGACUUCAUUCUCACUCCGCAGCAACAGAACCUACUGUUUGCCGCUCUCAAUUCCAAUAAGCCCGGCACCAACUUUACGAACGCGGCGCUAAGCCUGUCGCCCCCGCCGUUGGACGCUUCACCAGACAAGGGCCCCGACACUGUCAACAGUUUCCAGGAAAGCCCUGAUCUGGACUACGACUAUGAUUUCGGUGGUCCCGAUUCGAGUUUUGACUUCUCGUUUGACCACAGCAACAAUCCCAGGAUGAUUGGUGACCUGCCUGGUGCAUCAAGCUCCAAGUCUGAUUCCCCCGAGACCGAGUCGCUGGAUAAGCGGAGCCACCCUGACGACGACGACGAUGACGAAGAUUCACCCGGUGGAGCCAAGAGACGAGAGAGCGAGGACAAGGUCGCCAAGAAACCGGGACGCAAGCCCCUCACGACCGAACCAAGUUCUAAGCGAAAGGCCCAGAACCGCGCGGCUCAGCGGGCAUUCCGCGAGCGCAAGGAGAAGCAUCUCAAGGACCUUGAGACUAAAGUCCAGGAGCUUGAGAAGGUCUCCGAGGCUACCAACCACGAGAAUGACCUUCUCCGUGCCAAGGUCGACAAGAUGACGGUCGAGUUGAAUGAGUACAAGAAGCGCGUCUCCGUAAUCGCAAACAGCCGGCCCGCUUCUGGCCCGUCCCCGCUCAAGCCGUGGGGCUCAACCUUGACAAACAACUUGAAUGAUGUCAACUUUCAAUUCGAGUUCCCCAAGUUCGGCUCCCUUCCCGGGGCUCCGGCCGCGAAUGUCGCCAAGAAAACCGCUUCCGCUUCCAUGUCGACAACGCGGAGCAACAGUGGUCAACUCAGUCCUUCCGAAAAGCCAAACGACGGUAUCAGCCCAAGCAAUUCCAGCAGCUAUAGUCAAGUUGGUCUUGAUUCGCAGACCAAGGAGGAUUUGGCAAACCUGACUGCCAACCUCUUCACGCCUCCCCUCAGCUACGGAUCUGGCGCAAGUGGCUCCACAGUGGGCAGCCUGGAUUCGCACUUCAAUCUUGGGGUCGUAACAUCGACCAGCUCGCCCUCAGCUUCGUCCAAUUCCAACGCGGGCGGUCCAAGUUCUUCUUGCGGGACGUCCCCGGAGCCUUCGGCUCAAUCACCGACGGCAUUCAAGCCCCUUGAUACCUUGAGCACAAUUGGAGAAGAACAGCCCGGCAAUGGAAUACCAGAUUUCUCCAACUUUGAUGCAAACUUCAGCUGGCUUCCAAACAAUUUCCAGUUUGAUCCGCAGCUCUUCGGGGGCUAUAGGGAGUCUCAAGAGAAUGUGUUGACUACCGGUCUCGACGACAGCUUCUUCAACGAGGCUUUUGAGAUGGAUUUCACAACGCCAUACAACCUGCCUGUCGCGACUCCGGUGGUGCCACCCAAAAACGACCUCAUCUCACAAAUUGAUGCUGCCAAGAAUACCGACGAAAGUUCGUACACUUGCAACAAAAUAUGGUACGGACAAUUGGAUACAAAGCUAUAUGUUUGCCACCUUGCUAACAAUGCUUGUAGGGAAACAUUGCAAAAGUGCCCCAAGGUUCAGAACGGCGAUUUCGAUUUGGACGGUCUCUGCUCGGAUCUGCAGAAGAAGGCCAAGUGCUCUGGCAGCGGUGCUGUGGUUGAUGAAAAGGACUUCAAGAAGGUGAUGCAGAAGUAUCUGGGAAAAUCGGACAAGGACAUGGCCGAGUGUGACUUCCAACUCUCUACUGCUACCGCAGAAGCCUAGGACGACAUCCUCACAGUUCUAGUAUGCCUGCUUCUGUACACUUUGUAUAACCGAUUUCCGAUUUCUAGGGGCCACGUCUCGGCUUGCGGUUCGCAUACUCGAAGAGUGGCGGUCAUUCUAGGAGCAUGCUGGUUUCAUUUUCGUGGUUUGGUGGUAUGGAGGCAGGCGCCUGGUCAUAUAUACCUCAGGUGUCUUUAUUUUUGUUGGUCG